AUGUCACCUGAGAGCCUAAAUGGGCACAUUUAUAAGGCGAAUAAGUUGAAGAUGACGAAGCACGUUGGUGCUUCGAAGAAUUUCGGUGCUGGUGACCUUCCUCACGAAUUUCGAUCAGGCAUUAAUUUGCUGCCAAGUCAACGGAGCGUUCAUCAAGGCCAAUACAGUAAGAAAAGGAGAACUGAUGGGACGUCUCCAUACUACUGCAAAAACCCACUUCUCACUAUGCCUUCUCACGUUGCCAUUAUGCAACCUGUGCUACAGCCAAACUCCUUUUUCAACCAAAACAUUUUUAAUCACCUGAACAGCGGCAACCAAUCAAAUUCCUUUGUUCAACCGCAAACAUUUAACACCCUUGCGCGGAACAACGGCUUUCAACAGUUGUCUACCACCUAUGACAGCUUCCAGCUGAACUCCUCCACUGGCUCUCCUGGUUAUCCGGGACUGUUAAAUCCAGUUCCGAUAACGAAAACUCUUUCCAUAAACAACACUACGAACAAAGUGUCAACUACCUCAACUUUGAAGUCGAAUUCUCGCACUAGUGGUAAUGAUGGAGAUUACAACAUUGUCGUCGGUGAAGUUCUUCGUUCUUCUUCUGAAAAUUACGAAGUUCUUUCGUUUUUGGGUCGUGGUACUUUUGGCCAAGUUGUCAAGUGUCAGUGCCGAAGCUCCAACAGAAUUGUAGCCAUCAAAAUUCUGAAGAAUCAUCCCUCUUAUCUUCGCCAGGGCAAUGUUGAAGUUCAAAUUCUCCAGACACUGAGCCAACACGAUACGGAAAUGCAUAACAUUGUUAGGGCCAUUGAAUGUUUCCAGCACAGAAACCACAUGUGUCUGGUUUUCGAGCUGCUUGAACAGAAUUUAUACGAGUUUCUAAAGUCGAACAACUUCCGGCCUUUGGAUCUCCGCGAGAUUCGUCCUAUCGCUCAGCAGGUGCUGACUGCUCUUUCGAAACUGAGGAACUUAGGCUUGAUUCAUGCCGACCUCAAGCCUGAGAAUAUCAUGCUCGUCUGUCCCACAGAUGGCAUAAUGCGGUAUCGUGUGAAGGUGAUUGAUUUCGGCUCUGCCUGUCACAGCUCUAAGGCUGUUCAGAACACAUACCUCCAAUCCCGUUACUACAGGGCACCUGAGAUACUUCUCGGACUCCCCUUCAACGAAGCGAUUGAUAUGUGGUCUUUGGGGUGUGUCAUCGCUGAGCUAUUUUUAGGCUGGCCUCUCUACCCUGGUUCUUCCGAAUACGAUCAAAUUCGCUACAUAGUGGAGACGCAGGGCUUGCCGCCGCGCGAUCUCCUUAAGAUGGCGGGAAAGGCGGGCCGUUUCUUCGUGCGUGACGCCUUCACUUUUGAAUGGCGUCUCAAAACACAGGAGGAGUACGCUCUGGAGACCGGUCAACGCGCCAAGGAGACGCGUAAGUACAUUUUCAGCUCUCUGGAUCAGAUCCGUGAGGUCACACUCAACACUGCCGGCUCUGGCACUGCUCUUGAUGAUAUGGACGUCAAAAUGGAGUCGGAGGAUCGAAUACAUUUCACCGAGCUCCUCAGCCAAAUGCUGCAGCUUCGACCUACCGAUCGCAUUCUGCCUGACAAUGCCCUUCUUCACGGCUUUGUCACAAUGUCUUAUAUGCGAGCCUACCCUUACCGGAAACGGGUUCGGGAAUCGAUGGAUUUGAUGCGGGUCUGUUAUAAACCCUACUGCAACCAACACAAUCUUGAAUUGGUCAACGCCGUUCAACAGCAGCAGCAACAACAACGGCAGGAACAAGCUAUGCUAGACGAAGCAAUUUCCACUCGGGCUGUAACUGCUUUCGCCGCGCAGCAGCAUUUUCUGUCUUUCGGCAGCUUUCUUCAACCUCCUACGACCUCCGCUGAGCCUGGUUGCCAUGACCAGCGACCUUCAGCAUCUACCUACUACUUUACACCACAACAGUCAGUCCCAUCUCCUAUCUACUAUCACCAACAUCACCAACAAAAACACCAGCAGCACAUUCUUCGUCCUCAACCGCCCCCACCACCUCCACCUCCCGAUUGUCAGGCCCCCUCACUUUACGACCAGUUGAUUGCGGCGGCGUCUCCUUACGCCGCUGCCGCUGCUCAUGUUAUGGCUCCUCAGCCCCCACCACCCCCUCCCGGACAGGUUCAAAGCCACCAAAACGCAGCUGCAGCUGCAGCCGCCGCCUUCAUGAUGCAGUCCGCCAUUAUGGCGGCCAAUGGCGCCUCCCCUACAAAACCACUGCCUCAAUCUAGACCCACUGCUGGCGGCGGUGGCGGGGAUCACGCCAUGACUGCUACUGCUUUGGCUGCAGCCUUUGCGGCUACAGGCUACACCAACAAAGCAGUCGGCGUCAGGGACUCGCAAUGCAUUCUACCCUUUAGUCACCAGGCCACUCAACAGUUGCCCAGUGUUGACUCCUCUGCAGGAGUUAAUCAAAACAUUGACUAUCUGAUGAAUUGCGUGUCCGGAGUGCUACCCGAGACCACGGGAUGCGUGUCGACUGCACACACACUGCAGCGGCGUCAACUGCGUCGGUCUGAGAAUGAUAUGCCUCUCUUCUUGUCAUCCUCCUCAGCUAAUACCUCUACCGCCUCCCAACCCCUUUGCUACAGUACCCCUCACCAGUACCUGUCACAUUUGCCGGCGGCUCCUCCCAUCUCUCUUAUCUCCCCUCAGCAGCCACAAGCUCAAAUGCAGGUGCAGGCACAACAGCAGCAACAACACCCCGAUGUUGCGAACAGUUCUGCAGCCGCAGUGGCUACCGUUUCCUCGCUGGCUGCUUUGCGCCAUCUCAUAAUAAAUGGCAACACCCAGGCUGAUCUCACCGCCACCAACCAACUCAUUUGGGAGAGUAUUAUGCACGAACACCAGCAGAAGUCUGGCUUCUUCACCGGGACUGACUUUAAUAUUCCACCGGCUGACCUCUAUUCGCAAUUGGUUCAGCUGGGAAAGCAGAAGCAGGCGUACUACUAUGGCCAGAAAUGUCAAUUUCUGCAUUGUGGCGACCAGCAUCAUCAUCAGAAGCAAGUUCCACCACAAUCUUUGCCAGUACAAGCGCCUCCACCUCCACCACCAAUCGCACCGUCAACGCUUACAUCGCCAUUACCAUCACAGCAACAACAGCAGUCUACAGAUCCGCAGUUCUUUCUACAGGGGCUAACACCAUCCCAGCCUCUGCUUCACUCCACGUCGACACCCUUUCCACUCCUACACCAGACCCCAGCAAGAACUCAUGAUGCAGUCCAGUCAGCCGUGAACCUCGUGCAUCACAUCUUCCCUCAGAGCUGCCAACGUUCUGCCUCCUCAUCUUCCUCUCCUCGUGCUGGUAAUGGCGGUGGUAACGACGAUGAGGACGAAAGGGAUGAAGUGGUAAACAUCGCCUCGAGUUUCACCGAAUGCCAUUCCAAUAUAACUGAAGGCGACGGUCCCAUAGCCAGCGCUCUUCGCUCUCCAGCCUCCCCAAAUACCGAGGUCGUCCUUGAAAUGCCCGUUCUUGCACAAUCCUCACCUUCCCACUCGGUUUCUUCGUCGCUAUCCCUUGCUAUUGCGCUCCGUCCUAUCGCACUGUUUAUCAGCGAUGGGAGCGUCGUCUGCACCUCCUCGAACUCGGGGGAACGGUCAGGGCCCCCAGAGGUGAUGGGGGCCAUGAACGCAGACGUCAGCCUCGUCUACUCUGACAUUACUAACGUGGGUGAAUUGGACGAAUCGACGGAGGAAGUCCACAAGACGGCUACUACCGAUGCGAAAGAACAGGAGGCAGCAGCAGACAAAAAUAGAUCGUCUGAGCCCUUUCAUAACACUGCAGCCUCCGACCAACCUACCUCAUUAAUCCACCGUCCUGAUAAGAAGAUUCCUGUAGGUCGAGUGCAGCCAAUGAAAAAGGCGGAGUGCAACGAUGGUGCGUGUUUUGCUCAACCCCAGGCUCCGCUUCUCAGCCAUUGUUAUGCUCAGCCACAGCAACAGGCGCACUCCUCCCUUCCCGCCUGUUCAAACGCAUCUGCCUGCUGUUCCACAGCCAUCUUCACCCCCGAGGGUGCAGCCGCUGCUGCUGCUGCCGCCGCCCUCCUUUUUAAUAGUAACUGUGCUCAGCCCCAACCGGCGCUGUUUCCAGUCGCUACUCAUCACCUCCACAGUCAACACCAUCUGCGGCAGCAGCAACAACAAUUAGUCACUGCUGAAGCCUAUCGCAAUCUUAUCCUCUUGCAGCAGCACAUCAACCUCUCUGCUGCAGCCGCAGCUCAGUUCAUCACUGCUGCUGCUUCCUCCUCUGCUGCUGCAGCCGCUGCUGCUGUCUCUUCCUCUCGGGUCUCCUCAGCGCUGUCUCUCGCCGAUACAGUUUCAGGCGACAUUAGUGUAGGUGGGAAUCACUCUUUGGAACAACUAACUGCCCACUUUAUGGCCGCGGCUGCAGCGGCGGCCAGUAGCGGAAGCGGCAACACCAGCAGCAACAGUGCCAGCAAUACCAGUCGACCUCGCUACCUCUAG